GUUACUAUUACGAGACUCGGUUUUCUCUUCUGCAACGAAGAUUUGAAUGUACGGCAAAGAUUUAAUGUCGUACGGAUGGAGAUUUAAUGGCGAAGAUUCCCUUUUUAUCUUUUGUUAAAGGGCAAAAACAAUUUUUUUUAAUUAAUUUCCCUUUCUGUAAUUGAGAUUUCUAGGGUUUUAUUUAAUGUACGGCGAAGAUUUAAUGUCAUGUGAAUGAAGAUUGCCUAUAGCCUCUCCGUCGCUCUCCAAUCCCUGCCGUUGAUCAUUACCAUAAUCAUCACUCUCCUUUCGUUCCUUGCCGUCCGUUCAUUCUUCAAGAGAUCCCACAAAUCUACCUUUUCCGGUGAAAAUCAAGCCAGAGAAGCGCGACCUUCGUCCUCCUGCAGCUAUACUUCCGAUUCGGCGGCGCUCCUGAACGGUGGCAGUGUUGAUCCGGCGGAGGAGGAUAUGGUGAUGGCGGAUGUUUCAAAGGUGUCGAUGAUGGAGCAGUUAGUGCCUGAGAUUACAACGCACGCGCUUAGUUAUUUGGAUUAUCCGAGCCUUUGCCGGCUUUCCAUGACUAAUUCGCUGAUGAGAAAGGCUGCUAACGAUGAUAAUGCCUGGAAAGCGCUUUAUCACAAGGAUUUUACAAUGGAGCAAGAUUCGGUAACGCCUGUUAACGGGUGGAAGGCAUACUAUGCAGCUACGAGAGCCAUAGUGAACGUUAAUACGGGAUUCUUUAACAUCAUCAAAGAUAGGUCUCUUUCGGCCAUGAGUCGUUUUUGGCUGAAUGCAGAUUAUGUAAAGUGCGUUCAUGCGUCAGGGCUACUUUUUUCAGGGUAUAAUGUUGUAAUACGGAGUUGGCAGGAUGCAUUUAACUGGGAGCAAGGUGCUGAUUUUCAGGUUAGAGAUGUUCGAGCGCGGGUAUUAAAGGACAUGGCUUGGGUUACUAUGAAAACCUAUGUUGACAUGGAUAACGGGGCCUUUAAUAUGACUAACGUCUUUGAGUUUCAUAGCGGACGGUGGUACCUCGUACAUCACCACAGCUCGGAGAUGCUUGCCGGUGGUGACAUCUGACCACAAAUCGUUCAUUGAUAACUGAAGUUGAAGAGUCAAUACAAGGGAUAAUUUCAGUACUAGUAGCAUAUAUAUUAGCAAAAGGCAAGUUGCUUGAAAUUUAUCUGGGAUUUAAUUCAAAGAUCAUUCUUUUUUGUGGUACAUAGGUGCCCUUAACAUUUGUCUCUUAGUUAUUUGUCUUGCU